GUAAUAAGACGCUUAAUGAGUCUUCUUUCUCGUGGUGCUCAAUUGGAGGCCGCAGCCGAAGCAGCGCUGAAACAAGCGGAAGGGGCUUCGCGUGCAGCCAAGACCCUGAUGGCAAGUUUUCAUUUAUGUUUGCAUUUGCAAGUACCUUUUUUUCGAUCUGUUUGUGUAAGUCGGAUUGGCAUCGUUUUGAUUUGGCAUGUGCUGAAAAAAAUUUGA